CAAUAAUGUUUUAGUGCUUACAGCGGGUUAUUUGGAGGAUGGGUUUCUGAUGAUGUUUUGAGUUGCCUCUAGUUGUUGUUGCUAGGACUUCCGUUGUAUGGGGGUGCUACUGUUGGUGAUAUAAUCAAACGUAGUGGUCCUUAAUUUCCGAUGAUUUGUUUAAAAUUUUUGAAUAUAUGUCCAAAAUACCCUUGUUUGAUUACGUCAAAUCUUCCAAUUGUAUUCAAGCGUGAGAUCUUCAGUUUUGGUCCUACAUUUACCAAAAAAUCACAAUCUUACAAAGAAAGAAGACUGUUAGGUUAUUCUCCGGAAAACAUGUUUGAUAUUGCAAUUGACGUUGGUCGUUAUUCAGAAUUUAUACCUUGGUGUAACCAAUCAACUGUUUUGGAACAAGGUGAAAAUAACAUGCUAGCUUGUCUGGGUGUUGGAUUUCCUCCACUUAGUGAAUCAUACAUGUCUCGAAUAACAUUUCAGAGACCGAAACACUUAAAGGUAAGUGAAUAUUUAUGUGUUUGUUCGUUGUUGUCUAUGAAUGAAUAUGAGGAAUAUAAAGUGUAGGGUGUUCAUUCCAAAUGAAGAUUGUUCAACUGAGGGCAGAGUUUAGACGGUUUAACUUGCUUAUUCUAGUUGCCGUUUUUCAGCACGGUUGUUUUCCAUGGGAUGGGGUUGCUGACUCUAUGCCCAACCCUCCCUCUUUACUCGGGCUUGGGACCGGCAGUAACCCGAGAAGCGCUACAGGCGAUGGUUGACUGGAUUAUGAUGACCUCGACAUCUGAGGAGAAGCACGGAAUACAAUCGAUAGAGCUUGGAUGCAACUAUACGACUCGGAUCUACCCCUUCUAUCCCAUACACAUCAACAAAUGCAGGUUAAGACAAGCAGUGUUGCAGCAGCCUCUGCCUCAGUAGGCAUCAACAUACACAACGGAAAAAGCAAGAUCCUCAAAUACAAUACGACCAAAUCACACUUGAUGGAGAAGCUCUGGAAGAGGUGGAAACUUCCACGCAUCUGGGAAGCAUCAUUUAUGAAUGAGGAGAAUUCGAUGCAGACGGAAAGGCGAGGAUUGACAAAGCAAGAGUCGCACUCCUACAAUUGAAGAACACAUGGAACUCAAAACAACUGUCUGUCAACCAAUAUCAAAGUCACAAUCUUCAAUACGAACGUCAAGAUAGUUAUGUUGUACGGAGCUGAAACUUGGAGAACUACCACGACUAUCAUCAAAAAAGGUACAGGUAUUUAUGAACAACCAUCUACAUAAGAUACCCAAUGUCCGUUGACCAGAUACCAUGAGCAACAGCCUACUAUGAGGAAGAACAAACCAGCUUCCAUCUGAAGAGGAAAUUAGGAAAAGGCAAUGAAAGUGGGUAGGAUACACAUUGAGGAAAUCAUCAAACUGUAUCACGAAGCAAGUUUUAACUUGGAAUCCUGAAGGGGAACGGAAAAUUGGAAGACUAAAAGACAUACUGUUUCGAGAAUUGGAAGCAGAUAUGAAAAGGAAGGAUAGUAACCGGAAAGGAUUGAUCAGGACCGAGUUGGAUGGAGAAUGCUGGUGGAUGGCCUAUGCUUCUUCACGAGGGGUAACAGGCAUAAAUUAUCUGUCGCACAAAAUGCUGGAAUGUUUCAUCAUUUAAUUAAUGAAUGGCAUUUUCAUCCAGGUCUCCCAGAGAAUCCGAAUUCUUGUUUUGUAGAGUUUUCCUUUAUUGAUCAAGGUUUCUUUUAAUUUUCAGCAGUAAAUGGUUUAAUGAUUGAAUAUUGAGUGCAUCCUUUUAUUACGACAUUAGUAUUUUUUUCGCCAACCUUUUUUAUCUGGCUAGUACAAUUUGAUUUUGGCGGAGUUUCGUUUUCUGGGCUGGAAGGUUUGAUCAUGGCACUUUCAUUGUUUUUCUGAACAUCAUCAGCACAAACUUCAGUUAGAAGUGAAGUAUUCGAAUUUUUCUACAUAUUACUGACAAUUUGUAAUGUUGAUUUCGAGUUUCGUUCUCCUAUUUAUUCAAAAAUUGCUGGAUUAUUUUUUGAUCAAGUUGUCACUGUUAUGGUGAAUGCUUUUAUGGAUCGUGCUAAAGUAUUACAUGGUAAACCAUCAAUUGCUUGUCAAAAGCCAAACAUAUUAAUUUAUAAUAAAUAAAUCAAUAAUUGACAAUUCUUUCUUAUGUAGUUGGGAACAUUUGUCCAAUGUAUAAACGAACAGUUUAUUAUUAUUAUUUGUAAGAUAUUGAAUAAACCUUCAUACUGUAGUUUCUAUUUGAGUAGUUUUCACUUUGAGCUACCAAGAAGAUUGAUUUCAUUGUUGUUGUUGUGUUUUUUUUGUGUAUGUUGUUUGUUGAUACAUUCAUGAAUGAUACAAAGAGGUAGAUUUUUCGGUCAAAUCCAGUAGAAUUUUUCUUCCUGAUAUACUGAUGUACUUCUCUUUUAUAUUUCAAGUAUUUUACUAAAAAAACAAAAUACUCCAUGAAUAAAGUUUUCACAAUGAAAUAAUGAAAGAGACAUACACAUAUCUCUUAACAUAUAAAUGUAUACAGAUAUAUUAGAGUUUAUCAUUGUUUCUUGUUUCUGGGAAAAGAAGUUUCAUUCUCUUUUAUUAAUCUUUUUAACUUUUGUAAUUUAAUACAAAACAAGAUUCAAAAUUGAUUUGCUACACUUCAUUAUUUUUUGUUUUAUUAUUGGUUGCAUUAAGUUAUGAGCUACUAAUAAUCGAUGGUUAGCGUUUUUUUUUUAGCGAGUUAAUUUUCUACGGGAUAGGGCCGCUAACUCUAUUCUCAACCCUUCUCCUUUACCCGGGCUUGGGACCGGCGGUAAUCGAUGAUACUUUAUCGAAUCGUCUUUCUUUUAUUUCUCUCUAAUUCAAUUUUUGUAAUUGUUAAAUAUAAAUAUACGGAAAAGUGUAGAAUACUCUUUGUUUUUAUUUUCUUUCUUCAUGUUUGUUUAAAUAAUAAUGAUAAUAAUUGUUAUUAGUUAGUAGUAUAAUUAUUGUUCUAAUUAUUUAUCUUGCCAUUUUUAUAGAAAACAGUUAUUGCUUACAGUUGGAUUUAAACUGUUUUAUUUAGUCAUGAAAGCAUGCUUGUAAAAAAAUCACCCAGUCGUUUAACCUGAACUGUUUUAAGUGAAUACUUGAAGGUAUCAUAUAUGUUAGAGCAAUUGUGCCAAUUGGUCGAAGUUAGACUCGUACACCACUGAAUGCCUCCUCAUUGGUCUAAAAGUUAGGGAUUCACCGGAAAAUCUGAAAGUUCUUGGUUCAAUCCCCGAUGUGGUCAUGGAUGCGUACUGUUUAGGAGUCGCAUGUUAGAACGAAACAGUUGUCCAGCGCUUCAUGGUUUUUUAACUGUAGUUAAUCAAUGGUGUAAACUGAAAAUAAGGUCACAAAAACAAACCUAUACCGAAUAAUUAUCUAAUCACAUUUGUGUUGAAUUUGAU